AUGGCCGCGAUCCCCAGCUCCCUCUUCCGCUGGCUGGUGCCCGCGGGCAUUGCCGCCAGCUUCCUGCAGUCGUCGCUGUACGACGUCAAGGGCGGGACGCGCGCCGUCAUCUUCGACCGAGUGUCUGGCGUGAAAGAGGACGUCGUCAACGAGGGCACACAUUUCCUGGUCCCCUGGCUGCAGCGCGCUAUCGUGUAUGAUGUGCGCACACGGCCGCGCAACAUCUCCACCACCACGGGCAGCAAGGAUCUGCAGAUGGUGACGCUGACGCUGCGCGUGCUGCAUCGCCCGGAGGUCAAGCAGCUGCCGAAGAUCUACCAGAACCUCGGCCUCGACUACGACGAGCGAGUCCUCCCCUCCAUCGGCAACGAAGUCCUCAAAGCCAUCGUCGCUCAGUUCGACGCCGCGGAGCUCAUCACACAGCGCGAGGCAGUCUCGAACCGCAUCCGCGCCGACCUGCUCAAGCGCGCCAACGAGUUCAACAUCGCGCUAGAAGACGUGUCCAUCACGCACAUGACCUUCGGCAAGGAGUUCACCAAGGCCGUCGAGGAGAAGCAGAUUGCACAGCAGGAAGCCGAGCGCGCGCGCUUCAUCGUGGAGAAGGCUGAGCAGGAGCGCCAGGCCAAUGUUAUCCGUGCGGAGGGUGAAGCAGAGGCCGCCGACACGAUUAGCAAGGCUGUGGCUAAGAGUGGAGACGGUCUCGUCCUUAUCAGACGCAUCGAGACGCAGAAGGACAUCGCGCAGAUGCUGAGCCGGAACCCCAAUGUUUCGUAUCUGCCUGGAGGUGGCGCGGGUGGCGAGGGCGGCAAGUCGGGCGGCAGCUUCUUGCUUGGACUGAGGAAUUAG